AUGGUCCGCACUACGAUCCUCACUUGUGCAUUCAUCGUCUCCGGCGCACUCGUUGGAGCUUUACCAGUGACGCGUUCGGCUCUUGACUGGCAUGCUUUCGAGCGGAGGAGUGUCUUUGAAAACUGGGCCUCGCCAUCACCUGGACAACGUCCCUUGCACUUGACGUACCUUGAAGAACGUGAGACGAUCGAGCGGAGGAACUGCCGAAUCUUCGGCUGUUUGUACGAGGUACAGGCUUUACCGACAACACACAGCGAUUUUCUGCCCGCCACGGCUGUUUCUACCCAGCCCACUAUCCUCUCAGAGGGUGGCGCCCAAACUCCUUUUGGCAACGCAGCUGCAAAGGAACCAUCGUCUUAUGAGGCAUAG